UUGUGAAAUUCCUAUCCGGAAGCUAGUUUUGACAGCGGUGCUGAGGAGAGGAGCAUCCUCCACACAGGCCGUCAUCUGCGGCAGCUGUGAUGUCAUCGCUUUCCAUCUUCUCUAAUCACCAUGACGUCACACUGCUGCUUCUGACGUCCUAAAUUUACCCAUGGUUGACCCAGUGUCGCCCGCAGUCGCCAGAACUGGCCCGGGCUCGGGCCCCGGUUAUGGCUCGGGCACCUGCACCGGGAACAACGGCAGGAAAGCCGUGAAAAAGUCCAGAUCGAGAAGAGGCAAACGCGGCAAGAAAAGACGUCACAAGAAGAAUAACAAGAGCAACAAAACACCGCCACCAUAUUUACCACCGGAGGCUGAAGAAGGAAACAUUGAGUAUAAACUGAAGCUGGUUAACCCCACCCAGUACCGGUUUGAACAUCUGGCCACGCAGCUGAAGUGGCGCCUGCAGGAGGGCCGCGGCGAGGCCGUGUAUCAGAUUGGUGUUGAAGACAAUGGUCUGCUGGUGGGUCUGAGCGACGCUGACAUGAAGGCGUCACUCCACACACUGAAGAGGAUGGCUGAGAAAGUUGGGGCUGACAUCACUCUCCUCCGGGAGCGGGAGGUGGACUACGAUCUGGACAGAAAUAGUCGGAAAAUCGCAGAAGUCCUAGUUCGCAAAGUUCCCGAUGACCAGCAGUUCCUGGACCUCCGUGUGGCUGUGCUGGGUAAUGUCGACUCGGGGAAGUCCACGCUGCUGGGAGUCCUGACCCAAGGGGAGCUGGACAACGGCAGAGGCCGAGCCCGGCUCAACCUCUUCAGACACCUGCAUGAGAUCCAGAGUGGACGGACGUCCAGCAUCAGCUUCGAGAUCCUGGGCUUCAACAGUAAAGGAGAGGUGGUCAACUACAGCGAGUCACGGACGGCGGAGGAGAUCUGUGAGAGUUCCUCUAAGAUGAUCACGUUCAUCGACCUGGCCGGACACCAAAAGUACCUGAAGACCACCAUCUUUGGUCUAACCAGCUACUGCCCUGACUUUGCCAUGCUGGUGGUGAGCGCCAACACGGGCAUCGCUGGAACUACGAGGGAGCACCUGGGCCUGGCCAUGGCGCUGAAAGUCCCCAUCUUCGUGGUGGUCAGUAAAGUGGACGUUUGCUCUCGUGGGACUGUAGAGCGAACUGUUCGGCAGCUGGAGCGGGUCCUGAAACAACCAGGCUGCAACAAGGUCCCCCUGCUGGUCACCAACCCUGACGACGCAGUGACUGCAGCGCAGCAGUUCACACAGUCCACCUGCAUCACACCCAUCUUCACCCUGUCCUCCGUCUCUGGUGAGAGUCUGGACCUGUUGAAGGUUUUCUUAAAUAUUUUGCCUCCACUGAGCAACAGCAAAGAACAGGAGGAGCUGAUGCAGCAGCUCACGGAGUUCCAGGUGGAUGAGAUCUACUCAGUUCCAGACGUGGGGACUGUGGUCGGAGGAACUCUGUACAGCGGGGUGUGUCGGGAGGGCGAGCGUCUGGUGGUGGGUCCCACAGAUCAGGGCUCUUUCCUUCGUCUGAAGGUGGGCAGCAUCCAGAGGAACCGCUCAGCCUGCAGGGUGCUGAGAGCAGGACAGGCCGCCACGCUCGCUCUGGGAAACUUUGACCGCUCGCUACUGCGCAAGGGCAUGGUGAUGGUCAGUCCUAAGAUGAACCCCACCAUCUGCUGGCAGUUUGAAGCGGCCAUCGUCCUGCUCUUCCAUGCAAAAACCUUCAGGCGCGGCUCCCAGGUCACGGUGCACGUUGGUAACGUCAGACAGACGGCCACCGUGGAGUGUCUUCACGGGAAGGAGGAGCUCCGUACCGGUGAGCGAGCUGUGGUCCGUUUCCGUUUCAUCAAACAUCCCGAGUACCUGAGACUUGGUGCCAAGCUUUUGUUCAGGGAGGGGGUCACCAAAGGCAUCGGUCACAUCAGCCGCCUGCUGCAGCCUUUCCAGAACCAGAACCACGACCAGAACCACGACCAGAACCACGACCAGAACCAUGACCAGAACCAGAACCUGCCUGAACAUUAACGCCUCCAUUCCUCCCUCCAGCACCACCAGAUGUCAUGAGACCUGAUGACGGGUUCUUGUGAUUUGUGCCCACUCAAACAUUAGUAGCAUAAGCCCGACAUGAAGUGCAUGCUACUGGGCCGCUGAGCCACAGCCGGAGUUGUGUACAGUGAUGUGAUCGAACCCAAACACUGAAUGUAGUCCCUGUUCAAACUGAGUCUCUGAUGACAAUGCACUUUUGGUCCUCUGUGUGUGUGUGUGUGUACGUGAAAGACUGAGUGUGUGUAUGUAUGGGUGUGUGUGUGUGUGUGUAUUCAAGCUGUCGCUUUUCCCUGUGAACGUUGAAUAAACUUUAAAAAGGU